GAGAGAUUUUUAACUUUCAUUUCUUUUCCUUUUUUGAGACUGUUUUUGAUUCUUAUGUCAAAAUCAAAUUUAAUAAAAUUUAUCACACAAUAUAAUUCAGUUUAUUUUCAUUCUUUGGCCAAUGUGAAGUUUAAUUGCUAAUUAUUAGCUAGUGAUGAAUCAAGGAUUAUUAUUGAAUAUACCCUGACAACAUUUUUUGUUGACCUGGAACCAGAAAUACUCAAGCUCAUUCUUUGUAAACAAUUUUGUUUUCACCUUCCCAAGGCUGUCCUCUUAUUUUGAAGGUGAUUCCAUUUUUCAACGUUCAUUUGUCAUCAUUAUUUUGCAUUAUUAUUAGUUUUGCCCUGUUACCAAUACACUCGAUCAUUUAUGUCAUUUGCUUUUAAGAUGAUUGCUCCCACUACGACCAUUGAAACGGUUACUAUUGUGAGACCAUUAAAGGUAAUCGCAUUCAUAUGUGGUAUAAUUGUGUUGUUUCUUAUGACACUAUGCAUCGGAUCAUCAAAUUGGUUGACUUCAGAAAAGUAUCGGCAAGGUCUAUGGGAAUAUUGUAUUGAAGAAGACGCCAUUCAACCGUUGCCUUUUAAUCUCAAAAAUGGCCCUGGAUGUUUCCCGGGUAGAGACGCCGGCUACAUCAAAUUAGCUGGAAUACUCUGUUGCUUUGGUUUGGGGUUUGAUUUUCUCGCAACCAUCAUGACUGGUUUUGGCCUUAGCAGCAAAGACCCAAGGAAAAAAUACACUCUCUAUCGAUUUGCUUUAUAUAUCAUGGUUGCUGCAUUCGUUGUUAUAUUAAUUGCCUUGGUUGUCUAUCCUGCUUAUUUUGCUGCUGAAUUUAAUGAGAGUAAUCGCCAAAUUUGGGAACUUGGAUGGGCCUAUGGAGUUGGAUGGGGAGCUGCCAUAUUUUUACUUGGAGCCAUACUGUUAUUACUUUGUGACAAGGAGACAGAAGAGAUUUAUUAUAAAGAAAGGACAAUUGUACAUACACAAACAAACGGAGGUGAUCUGAAAGCUUAAGGGACAAACCAAAAUGCAAAGCGAAAAAGUGUAAAAAGAUUAUUUCACCGAAAGAGUUUAAAAUCAAAAGGCAACAUAAGUUUAUAUCAGUGACAAGAAACAUCAACAUGCAGUUAUUAAUCGUGAAAAGUAUAUAUCAACGAAGAAUCAAUGAAUUAUGGACAAAUAUAUAUAAUUUUUAUAUAUAUAUUUACAACAUGCAUUUUCAUCAAAAUGUGUAACUCAAAUCAUCAGGACCAUCAAUGACAAAAACAAACGAUAAACAAUCAUGGAAAGAAUCAUCAACAGUUUCAAUUCAUCAACAAAUUGGGUUUUACAAUUUGUACAAUAAUCAAAUUGACAGAGGCUUAUAUAAUUUGUAUAGUUUUUUUUCAACACUCAAACAUCUAUUUGAGGUUCGUUCUUCUCUUGUCCAGUUUGAUUCGCCAACCUCAUUUAAUCUACUUUGCCUUUUUCUCCUUUUUAAAACUAUUAUGAUUAUCAUUAGUAUUAUUAUUACAAUGAUUCUGAUGAUGGUGUUGAUUAUGAUGAUGAUGAUUAUAAUGGUAUAAAAGCAUCUUUCUCAGUCUCAAUGUCUCAGCAUGGAAAGUUUGAAUCUCACCAAAAUAGUAUCAUUGAAAAUAAUUUAAUUUCCGUCUCAAUGAACAAACAGGACAAACUUCGAAAUGUCUAUUAGCAUUUAUGCUAAAAAAUGGCGAUCUCGAAUCAUUGUAAAAUAUCAUAACAUCACUAAUCUCCAUAUCCUUUCAAUACCUUAACUCAUCUUCAACCUUCUUUCAGAAAUUCUUUAAUUUCUCAGUUUUCUCUCUAAAUCAGUGAACAUCUUUUCCUUUCUUUUACACCUCCAAUCAUUAAUUUUCUUGUUCUUGAACAUCUGUAAUGAUCAAUUGUGUCGAUCAAGGAUUUGUUUUUUUCAAACAAUUGAUAGAGACUGAAAAUUAAUAGAGAAGCCAAAAUUAUGUUUUUUAAGCCUUUCAAAUCCAUUUACUGGGCAAAACCUUUUCUCUUGCUAAAAGCCUAACUUUGAAUCAACCAGUUGUUGUUCAACAAGAAACCAAACAACGAAAACCAAUCGAUUGAUUAUGGAAUGAAAUUUAUUGAUUAAUUAGCGUAAAGUUGUACAAAACUUUCCCUCCAAUCAGCCGGUUGAUUUAAUGUCUUAAUUAUAUCAAAAAACAGCCUUUCUCUUUCUUUUCAAAUGUCGACAUAUAAGAUGAUCAUCAUCUGUACCAACAUCAUAAUCAUAAUCAUCUCAAUUAAUCUUCUCAUCAUCACCUUCAUUAUUUCAGAGCCGCUAACACAUCUACUAAUUAUCACCUCCCAAUGGUUCCUUCAUAAACAACUGAUCUCUAUCUUUCUCUCCAUCUCUUUUGAAACUCUCAAAACUUCAUUUACUUUCAAUUGAAGCCAAUGCUUGUAUUGCAAUUUUAAGCACUUAACAAAUCAAACCCAACAUAACUCUUGCAAACUUUCCUGAUCCCACCAAAAAUCAAUGUGUCAGAAGCCAAGAAAAAUCAUUUGGAAAAUCAUCUUGAUCGGAAACUUGCACCUAGAUCAUGUGAUGCUUCAUCAUGGAAACUUGCUCCAUAAACAAAAUUACAUUGAGAACUGUUAUUCAGCCUUAAUUUGACACUAAAGAUUAAAACUGUCAAUGCAAAGACGCAUCCUAAACUUAUGUGAAAAAUCCUGUUGAAAAUGUAUCAUAAGAAUCUUCAUUCAAAUCACAUCAAAUCAUGGGUGAUGCUAUUAGUUUGAGAGUAAAAUGUUAAAUAAUCAAAUAAAAUGGACUUUUAAUGUCAAUAAAAAAACUACAAAAAGUUAA